CGUGUCCCAACCACGGCGCAUCCUUUCGGAAUUCGGAACCCUCGCCCGAGAAACCACAGCCUCCAAUCCCCCUCGCGUUCUCCUUCUCAUCUCCCCCUCUUCUCCUCCACCAACACCCCGAUUCCCCUCGCCGCCCCCGCGGUGGAUCGAUCCGGAGAGGCCUGCAGAAGGAUUCUGGCCGAGAUUGCAGCCGCUGGAUGGGAGGAGCGGCAUAGGGACGAUCGGGAGGAGGCGGCGGCCGCGGCGAGCCAAGGGAUCGGCCCCGAGGAGGACUGUAAGGCCGAGUCGAGGUGGAGACCAUCAUGUCUGCCCUAGUCUGCGGCAAGAGGUCUUCUUCUGUCUUCGAGGAGCUCCUCCAUACCCCUCCCCCCGCCUCCAAGAGGGUCCGCUGCUCCGCCGGCGCCUCCUCUCCCACCGCCUCCCUACUCUCCCCGCCCCGGCCCUCCUCCGCCUCCAGCUCCCCGGCGUUCCAUCGGAGCGACGACGACGACAAUAACAACAGCCGCCUUAGCGGUAAUAUUAAUACGGCCCAUCUCGCCCACCUGCGGUCUCUCUUCCCUGACAUGGACCCACAGUUUCUUGAAAGGGCACUUGAGGCAUCUGGAAAUGAUCUGGAUUCUGCUAUAAAGAGUUUAAACGAUCUCUGUCUGGAGUCAGCAGAUAUCAACUUAGGUUCUGUUGUGAGCAAACCUGAAAAUGGAGUUGAAACAAAUGUUCAUAUUUCAUCUGAAGGUAUCAUGAACAAUAGUGGUGCAGAUGGGGAUGCUGAAAAUGCCCAUGGUGCAGAAAGUCUUCCAACUAAUGGCUCUGAAUGGGUUGAACUGCUUGUGAGAGAAAUGAUGAAUGCCACUGACAUGGAUGAUGCAAGGGCUCGCACCUCCAGAGUCCUGGAAGUUCUCGAGAAGUCCAUUAUCAGCCGUGCUGCGGGUGCUGAAGCAAUGCAGAGGUUUCACAAGGAAAACAUGAUGCUGAAGGAGCAAGUUGAAGUCCUGCUUAGAGAGAGUGCUAUUCUGAAGCGAGCUGUGGCGAUUCAGCACGAGCGUCAGAAAGAGCACGAUGAGAGAAGCCAAGAGGUGCAGCACCUGAAACAGCUGGUGUCCCAGUGUCAAGAGCAGUUGAGAACACUAGAGGUCAAUAACUACGCACUUACAAUGCAUCUCAGACAGGCUCAGCAAAGCAGCUCUAUUCCAGGACGCUUCCAUCCUGAUGUCUUUUGAAUGGACGAGCUGCCUGCCCUUUUCCUGAGGAUUUACAGCUUAUUGUAGGUCUGCUUAAUGUUCUGCCAAAAAUCUCGUGCUGAUACUGCCUACCGUGCCUUCUUAUAUAGUUUUACAGUCACUGCCUUUUGUGCAAGGAUCCUGUUAUAUGGACAUAUAUGUGACUAAUAUAACAAGUACACAGAUGCUUAAUUAAUAAUAAGUUGGAUUACACCUCCCUAA